UAAUUUUUAUUCAGUCAUGUUUAGCCGCUGAUGAUGGCAACUAGAGUGCCGAAACGUACGGUAUUUUUGUAAUAUUUAUCGAAUAAAAGCGUGAAAAAGUGUGGUCAUGAAGACAAUUUCUUUUUCUAAUACAUUCGCCUCACGCGUUACAAUUCUUUUUAUUUGUAGAUAGGUAUAGGAGGAAAAUAAAAAAUGAGGAAUUAUUUUCUCACCUGAAGUAACAUCUUUGUGGGAUGGGAGAUGAAAAAUUCCAACUUUGAAAUAAACAUGAGAAAAUAAAAAUAAUAAUAAUAAUAAAAAUUAAAAAACCCUAUGGAAUCCGAUGAAGAUCCCUUUACUACGUACAACAUAUCUGAAAAUUUGAAACUGCUGGAAAAUGUGGAAGGAAGAGCUCCAUGUCCAAAAUGUAAUAAAUCCAGAAAAUUUUUCUGUUACUCAUGUUACAUUCCAAUGCCAGAAAUUAAAGAUUAUGUUCCUCAAAUUAAGUUGCCUAUUAUUAAAAUUGAUAUAGUGAAGCAUCGUCAAGAAAUAGAAGGCAAAAGUACUUCGGCUCAUGCAGCUAUAAUUGCCCCUAAUCACGUAUCUGUCUUCACUUUUCCUACGAAUGUUCCCACUUAUCCUAACGAUGGAAAAACUGUUCUGAUAUACCCAGGCAAAAAUUCCACUUCAAUAAAAACUUAUUUAGAAACCCACCCUGUUUUAGUGAGGAAAAAAAACGAAAAUGAUACCGAUAAUGUACCUGGUAGAAUUACAAUUGGUGAUAAUGUAGUGGAGUUACCUUUUGAUAAACUUCUAUUUGUUGACGGAACAUGGCGUCAAAGCAGAGCUAUGUUUAGUUGUUUCAAAGAUUUACCUUGCGUAGUGUUACAAACACGUCCUUCUCAUUUUUGGCGUCAUCAAAAAAACAGUCCCAGAUGGUAUUUAGCUACCAUUGAAGCAUUGCAUCAGUCGCUUCAUGAAAUACAUCAGUUUAGUGCCGAUUUAGUAGAUUUACCAAUAUCGGAAUGUCAGAAUAGGGAAUACGAUAAUUUAUUAUUCUUUUUUCGAUUUAUGCAUAAUGUUAUUCAUACGUUAUACGAUCAUGAUGAAUUAUUAUCUUACAGACGACCAAUGAAUUUGUGAUACCUAUUUUCAAUACAUUUUUAUUGUUUUUUUA